AUGCGGCGAAAUAAAGUUUGUAGUUUCCAACAAGUAAACAAAAGCAAAAACUUCUAUUGGCUCUUUUAUAUUACUUGGUAAAAACUCUGUUGAGUUUGUAAACAAUACAUAAAUCUAACAAUAUGAACAAUGUAAACUAGCAAGAUGGCGGCGGCUUUUACCCGCCACUAUACUGUAUAGUGGCAGCGAGCGGGUUAAAGCCGCCGCCGUGUCUGUCCUAUCAGUGAGUUGCGGUCCGGGCAGGUCCAGCCCACCCCACCCCAGCCCACCGCCUCCUUACCUCGGUCCCUCCGGAGAGAGCGUCCGUGUGUGGAAAGGCUUCUCCGACUCGUCUGACAUGCUUGUGUGUUUCGCGGCUGUCGUCGUUCGUUCUUGUCUGCGGUGGUUUGUGCUGCUGCUGCUGCUGCCUGCUUCGCGGUUGCACGGAGAUCGGAAACACACAAACGCACCACGCACGAGAAGUGACAGUGUUCCAGCCAGGUCCAUUGAGAGAGGACAAUGGCCCUGAGCGACGCCAGCGAUGACCUUCUGGCGCCCAUCAGUGAAGGACAUCAUCCUCUCAACGCCCAUGGAAACGCACCUUCAAGCACCGGUCCAGCAGAUAGCAACAACCAGGAAGUUACCACAGCCGCCCCCUGUGGGGAAGAAGGCCUUACCGGCACCCGAGAUGGCGAAUGUGGACAGCUGCACAAGACGCCCGGAUCACAUGUUCCCCAAAAAGCAAACAAACCAACUCAAAACGGUGGAGUCGUGAAACAGAACGGCUCCCUCCGGACCCGGACGCUGCCCCUUCCCGAUGCCACCACAGACACACCGAGGCUAACGCAGCACCAACUCCCACCCUCAUCCACCCCUUCCAUCCAGCCCCCGCAACUCUGCUGCCAGCAGUGUCACUUCCGCUCCACUUUGUGCUGCCCGUGUGUUCAGCAGGACUGCCCUCUCUACCCCGGCCCGGGUACGGGACACGGGCCUGGCAUGGUUGCUCACACAGGGAGCCCCCCAACCUUCUCUUGUUGCCCGCCUUCCUGCACUUACUCGCACCCCCGUUGUUCGCAUCCGCCCACCGCACUUUGUCUGCAUCGUCAUCACCAGCCCUGGCAGGAGCACCUCCAGAGUCCAACACAUCCGGCUGUUAUCAGUCCAGCACGGCCUUUUCGAUUCCCCAAAAGUUAUUCUGAGCUGAUAGCUGAUUGGCCGGUGGUGGUCCUCGGUGUUUGCACGGUGCUAAUUGUGGUGUGUGCCCUGGUGGGUAUCCUGGUUCCUGACCUUCCUGAUUUCUCUGACCCGCUGUUGGGUUUUGAGCCUCGAGGAACUGCCAUCGGCCAACGGUUGGUCACGUGGAACAAUAUGGUGAAGAACACGGGCUACAAAGCCACACUGGCCAACUACCCCUUCAAAUAUGCUGACGAGCAGGCGAAAAAUCACCAAGAGCCCAAGUGGCCCGAAGACCACUUUGACCGAGAGAAACGGCAUGCAGAGUGGGACUUCAGUAAGGAGUUUUUCUGCGAUGUGCCUGGUGCCAGCUACGCGAGGCUGGUGUUCUCUUCAGCUGAAGGGAAGAACCUGUGGAGUGUUCAGGCCAUUAAAUCCAUGUGCAAUCUAGACAACACUCGGGUGCGCUCUCACCGUGACUACUGGAGCCUCUGUCAGCGCACCAACGACGCUUCAUGUUGCCCCAGUUGGACCCUGGGUAACUACAUCGCUGUCCUAGCGAAUCGGUCGUCCUGCCAGGUGAUCACCGAACGCGACGUAUCGCACACGUUGAAGAUCUUACGCUCGUGUGCUAAGUACUACCACAACGGUACACUGGGACCGGAUUGCUGGGACAUGACGCUGAAACGCAAGGAUCAACUCAAGUGCGGCAACGUGCCUCGGAAGUGCACCAAAUACAACGCUGUUUACCAAAUAAUGCACUUUUUGGUGGAUAAGGACUUCCUCAGCGCCAAGAGCCUGGAGUAUCCGCCCCCCGUGCUCAAGCACAGUAUGCUCUUCUCGCCCACUGAGAAAGGGGAAUCCAUGAUGAAUAUUUACUUGGAUAAUUUUGAGAACUGGAACUCCUCAGACGGUAUCACGAAGGUCUCCGGUAUCGAGUUCGGUAUCAAGCACGACCUUUUUCAGGACUACCUCCUCACGGAUACGGUGUACCCUGCGAUCGCUAUUGUGAUAGUACUGCUAGUCAUGUGUGUUUACACACGUUCGGUUUUCAUCACUCUCAUGACGAUCAUCGCCAUCAUUAGCUCGCUUAUCGUUUCCUAUUUCCUUUACCGCAUGGUUUUUGAUUUUGAGUUUUUCCCUUUCAUGAACCUCACGGCUCUGAUUAUACUAGUUGGGAUCGGCGCCGACGAUGCAUUCGUGCUUUGCGAUGUAUGGAAUUACGCCAAGUUAGAUAAACCCCACGCCGAACUGGCGGAGACGGUGAGUGUGACUUUGCAACACGCCGCUUUGUCGAUGUUCGUUACUAGCUUCACCACCGCCGCUGCUUUUUAUGCUAACUAUGUUAGUAAUAUCACCGCCAUACGUUGUUUCGGCGUAUACGCCGGAACAGCCAUCUUAGUCAAUUAUAUCCUAAUGGUGACGUGGUUACCGGCCGUGGUGGUGCUACAUGAGCGCUACCUACCAAACGUGUUACCCUGCGCCAAACCGACACAUCAGGAAACUGGGUACGGGAUCCAGAUGUUUGUUGCGGGUCUUUGUGAGAAGAUUAACAAAUGCUUAUUUAGUAUCUCGGAAGCUUCCAGAAUCUUCUUUGAGAAAGUUCUACCCUGCAUUGUGAUCAAGCUGCGUUACUUCUGGCUCUUUUGGUUCCUCGCUCUCACUGUGGGCGGAGCCUAUGUGGUUUGCGUGAACCCGAAAAUGAAGCUGCCGUCGCUGGAACUAGCCGAGUUUCAAGUGUUCCGUUCAUCGCAUCCUUUUGAGCGUUACGACGCAGAGUACAAGAAACUUUUCAUGUUUGAGAGGGUGCAUCACGGAGAGGAUGUCCACAUGCCGAUCGCAAUCAUCUGGGGCGUCACGGCCGUGGACAACGGGGACCCGUUGAAUCCCAAAAACAAGGGGAAGUUGAUGCUGGACAGUAGCUUUAAUAUUGCCAGUCCGGCAUCUCAGCUGUGGAUCCUCAAUUUCUGCCAGAAGCUUCGAAAUCAGAGUUUUGUCUUUCAGUCUGACGAGCAGGACUUCACCAGCUGCUUCAUUGAGACGUUCAAGCAGUGGAUGGAAAACCAAGACUGCGAGGAAGCGUCUGUCUACCCUUGCUGCAGUCAGUCCAUCUUCCCUUACAAGCAGGACGUCUUUGAGCUGUGUAUCAAGAGGGCCAUCAUGGAACUGGACCGCAGUACCAGCUACCACCUGGACAGCAACACCCCCGGACCUCGAUUCGACAUCAACGACACCAUCAAGGCCAUUGUUUUGAAGUUUCAGAGCACCUUCCCCUUCACGCUGGCCUAUGAGAAGAUGCAUCAGUUCUACUAUGAGGUGGACGCUUGGAUCACAGAGGAACUGCGCCACGCCCCAUCCGGCCUAAGUCACGGCUGGUUUGUCAGCAACCUGGAGUUCUUCGACCUUCAGGACAGUCUGUCCGAUGGUACUCUUAUCGCCAUGGCGCUUUCAGUGGCCGUGGCGUUCAGCGUCAUGCUCCUGACCACCUGGAACGUCAUCAUCAGUCUAUAUGCCAUCCUGUCCAUUGCCGGGACCAUUUUUGUCACCGUGGGGUCCCUGGUGCUUCUUGGCUGGGAGUUGAACGUCUUGGAAUCUGUCACUAUUUCCGUGGCAGUCGGGCUGUCUGUGGACUUCGCCGUCCAUUACGGCGUAGCCUACAGGCUCGCUCCGGAGCCGGAUCGUGAAGGGAAGGUUAUUUUCUCACUCAGCCGAAUGGGAUCUGCCAUCGCUAUGGCCGCCCUGACCACGUUCGUUGCCGGGGCAAUGAUGAUGCCUUCAACUGUCCUAGCCUACACCCAACUGGGUACGUUCAUGAUGCUGAUCAUGUGCAUUAGCUGGGCUUUCGCUACCUUCUUUUUCCAGUGCCUGUGCCGCUGCCUGGGACCGCAGGGCACCUGUGGUCAGAUUCCUCUACCCAAAAAGCUGCAGUGUCAGGCUUUUUCUGAAGGCCAAAACACGGGUCCUUCAUCCCAAGGGAAGAACUCCGGCCUGGGGAAAUAUCAGCUGGACGGCAGGGACGGGAACGCAGAGCAUUACGAGUUGGAGCCAUUGGCGUCGGGUGAUAAAACCGAAGAUAACACUCGAGAGGACCACGAGGUUUGUUCCCAGCUUUGCAAUGGAAUACCCCAACAAACUCAGAAUAACGGGAAUACAAAGACUGAAAACGGUCUUGUCACCUCAAGGUGCCGGUACCCACAAAACACAAACUGCUCAUGCGGGGAACCCCCUCCGCAGUGGACACUACAAGAAUCGAACCCGGUCCCGGUUGCAGGAAAGCAUCCAAACAAACUCUUAGCAACAAUCCCGGAUCCGGUUUGCGCGCACAUGAAUUGUUGCAUGCACUACGUUCCUUGUCCACAUUUGCACCGCUGCACCCCGAGAAGAGAACUGUACCCCAGACAAGCACCUGGACUCUGCUGCCAUAUCAAGAAGUACUGUGUCCACACUGCAAAUACGCAGACCGUUCCAGAACAUAGACCCUUAACCUCCAACCAGCACACAACCCAAUCUCCUGGCUCUGUGAACGGCUCGGAGCCUAAAACACGAGAGACCGAUCAGAAUCUAGAAGUGCCAAGCACCCCAAGACAGACUCUGUACUCCCCAUAUCAAGAACUAAAACCCACAGACCCUGGUCACUGUAACCAUACAUCCAUUAUUACCCCGCUAACCCCGACAAUACAGAGUCAAACCCCUAGCGAUUGUGACGUCGUCACCGCCGCUCGGGAGGAAAGUCUCAAAAAGUACAAGCAGAACUUGAAACGGGGGAAAAAACUCUACUGUUUUAACCGGGCCUUGAAAGCCAAGUGCAACUCGGUUUCGGAGUUUAACGUGCCAAAAAGUGAAACGACUUUGCCUCCGGUUGCAAUAAACAACAGUCGCUCUUCUGAAAGCUUAUGCUAAGGAUAAUACACACAAAAAUCCACAAUAAUGGUGCCACUUUCAUUGACCCAUACACACUUUUGCUAACAUUAGCCACGUUUACAUAACGAGUUUUACUCUUUCUGAAUGGAAUCUUUCCGAAUGACCUUUCCGAAAACAAUGGAAUUCAUGGAAAGGAAUAUUCCAAUCGCGUGUGUACAUGCCUUCAAGUUAUUUCCUUUAAACUUAAAUAGCCAAAAACUUACCACUUCCACACGGAUAGGGAGGAUAACUAUUAACAGUUAUUUAACCUUUAACAUGAACAUUAAUCAAACGUAAUAAUUUUUUCUGGGUACAUGAUACCAUACAGCAUCCAUAUCAAACUUGCGCGGGCCGCACUAACGUUAAACUUUCAUAUCAAGGCGGGGGCCUCAAACUAGUGUCCUGCGGGCCACAUUUUGCCCGAGGGCCGCAUAUUUGAGACCCCUGGCAUGCAUGGAAAUGAAUAUUCCAAUCGCGUGUCUACAUGCCUUCAAGUUAUUUCCUUUAAACUUAAAUAGCCAAAAACUUACCACUUCCACACGGAUAGGGAGGAUAACUAUUAACAGUUAUUUAACCUUUAACAUGAACAUUAAUCAAACGUAAUAAUUUUUUCUGGGUACAUGAUACCAUACAGCAUCCAUAUCAAACUUGCGCGGGCCGCACUAACGUUAAACUUUCAUAUCAAGGCGGGGGCCUCAAACUAGUGUCCUGCGGGCCACAUUUUGCCCGAGGGCCGCAUAUUUGAGACCCCUGGCAUGCAUGGAAAUGAAUAUUCCAAUCGCGUGUCUACAUGCCUUCAAGUUAUUUCCUUUAAACUGAAAUAGCCAAAAACUUACCACUUCCACACGGAUAGGGAGGAUAACUAUUAACAGUUAUUUAACCUUUAACAUGAACAUUAAUCAAACGUAAUAAUUUUUUCUGGGUACAUGAUACCAUACAGCAUCCAUAUCAAACUUGCGCGGGCCGCACUAACAUUAAACUUUCAUAUCAAGGCGGGGGCCUCAAACUAGUGUCCUGCGGGCCACAUUUGGCCCACGGGCCGCGUGUUUGAGACCCCUGGUAUACCUGGAAAAGGAAUAUUCCUAUCGCGUGUCUACAUGCGCGGCUAUAAUUAAGCAGAAUAGUCAACGGGGCAUGCCCAGUAAAACGUAAACACCAACAUCACGUGAUACCGACUUCCUCCAGUUUUUCUUUCACUUGUUGGAAUAACUCCGUAUUGCCAGUUUUUCCUUCGUCCAGUCUUGAAAUUUAAUUUGAAUCAAAAACAAACUUUCCGCAGCAGUCCAGUGCUGAUUGCUCACCUCCAUUUUUUAUUUUUUUUAAUCGAAGAACGUCUCGAUCUGUGUGUUACGUCAUAUCUCAGAAUUCGCUGAAAGAACGCACCCGGGAACAGGAAAAGAUAAAGUUCAGUCUUGCUAAUAUUUUAUAAUUAAGCUCGGCACAUGUUUUAUAUAGAUAUGUAUUUUCUUUUUUUAAUAAAAGUGGACUUGUGAAUGGCGUAUAGAAGGGUUUAGAUUUUGUUCCACAGAUGGCGCUAAUGCACACCAAAGAUGCUUGCCAACCACCAAUAAACAACAGAAGAAGAAAAACACGAGGAAGAACAACGCAGUCUGACAACUUUCUGUUUGAGUGGGUACAAGAUACCUCAAUCGGAUUGGGGAAAGGAAUAUUCCAUCCCUGGGAAUCCCAUUGUAUAUUCAUUUGGAUUGGCACUUUUCUUUGGGAAUGAGGUGUAUACAAAGGUUACAUUCUUUCCGUUUGAGCAAAUAACCCGAAUGGAAUUGGAAUAUUUGGGUCCAUGUAUACGUGGCUAUUGUUCAAUAUUUUGCAGAUAUUUGCACAGGCAGGAAACCAUUGUACAGCUUCUUUGCUAUGAAAUAUCAAUAAAUGAUUGAAUGCAAUAACUAAUCAUCGAUUACACAUAUGUAUGUGCUGAAAAGAAAUAUUUCAUCCCCUGUUGCCUCCUUGUUAUAAAGGACUUUGUAUGUGAUUGAGGGAAUGAAGUAUUUGAUCCCUGACCAACCAAAGCAUUGUGACCUGUAGACAUGACAAAACACGACUAUAGUCACAUUUAUACUCUUUUUAUCUACAACAUAUUGCGCAACUGCAGGGUCUUGAGACACAUGCUAACUCGCAAACUAGAGAGCUAGCGACAUAAACGGUAUUUCCUUUCAACUUAAAUAGCCAAAAACUUACCACUUCCACACGGAUAGGGAGGAUAACUAUUAACAGUUAUUUAACCUUUAACAUGAACAUUAAUCAAAUGUAAUAAUUUUUCCUGGGUACAUGAUACCAUACAGCAUCCAUAUCAAACUUGCGCGGGCCGCACUAACAUUAAACUUUCAUAUCAAGGCGGGGUCCUCAAACUAGUGGGCCACGUGUUUGAGACCCCUGCUGUAGACCGACACAAGACUGGAACUACAAAAAAACACCAAGUCCAAAGUCCGGUUUUGCUUUGGUAACACUUAUUUCAGUAAAUGAAAUUUAUAACCUUGAUGUACUCACAGUUACAGCAGACACCACAGACCAUAAAAUGCAUCCAGGCUGGAUUCUGUAAUUCAAAAUAUACGUAGUAUAAAUAUAAAAUUGCCUCAUAAACGCCGGCGCCUUCUUUGCCACGUGUCUGGCCUCAAGUCAUUGCCAGGAUUAGGACGUGGCUCCACUUUACUUAUGUUGAUUUACACACCAUCAGAUUUUAUAUCACAGCAGCUCAGUCAAUAAGGGAGCAUGUCCGAAUGUGGUUGUAAAAUAAUUCAGCGCAUAGGGCCACCCGCCUUGUACAAUUACAAUACUUGGACAGUAAACACAGUACAGAUAAGCUGGCAUCAGCUAUUUAGUUAUUAUUCAAACAGGGGUUCUGAUUUACACUGUGAUGGAGAUACAGCGUUCUGUAUCUCCAUCAAGCGCAACGUUUUUUGUGUAUGACGCCAUAUUGGUUGAUGUGUUUACAUUGGAUGCAUAUUUAACAACGCUACCUGUGAUCGUCCUGGUCCUACUUUACUGUAGUUAAUGAAGUAGUCACAGUUUAUCAAUCUUUCAUUCGUGCACUUAAGUCAUUUUUUUAAAUUUUAAUGUAUGGGCCGACUUUUAUUUUACGAUAUUUUCCAAAUAAAAUGGUGACUUCUACUCGACUGGUUUCCAAUGAGCAUCGUUGCUAACUCGUUACUUUUCGGUUUAUUUCGGCAGCCAAAGGCUGCGGGAGUUACUAUGAUGCCUGACAACUAUCGAGCCAAAGACAAACGUCAGUGAUUGGUUGGUUGUACGAGGCGCCAAAAUAAACAGGAAGUUACGGCUUGGCUUGUCGCGAAAAUGGCAAGUCUGCAAGGAGAGUGAUGCAGCUAUGAAUCCAGCCGAGGGUGGUGUCUCUACAAGUCAAUUCACUCAACAUUUUCCAUUUCCAGCAGGAAGAUGCUUUGACAAGAUGGGAUGUCGCGUAACUGCAACUUCUGUGCUGAUACUUCCCACGUUCUUUGGAGGUCCCUGAACGCACCGUAGUUGCCGUGAGAUGCAAAAGCAACACUUUUCAUAUUCGGAGUAACCUUCAGGGAUUUCCUCUGCCCCCGACUGGAAGUCAAACGGUAACUUGGUUUGGUGACCUGUGGUGGGUGGAGCCACAAGGCAGGUGGAGGCAGUCAACUCUAUUGAUAAAUGGUGCAGCCACGCGUCUUCCUGGCCAGCCUCCUUCUUCACGUCCAGCUAGUUGUUCGCAUCUAUCCGUUUUUAUGUAUGCUGUUGGAGGAACAAAAGGUUGGACAAGGAAGCCUUCUUCAAGUGACUGGACCUGGAAGAGGAAGUAAGAAAAAUACAAUGGACUCACUUCCUACAUUCCGAAGGUUAUAGAAAGACAAUAUGAUGAGAACAAAAUAAUGUAGUAUACAUGUUCUGGAUGGCCGCCAUUCUCCAUACUAAUUCUCCAAAUGUGAUUGGAUAAGAUGGAUACCUGAAACAUAUUUGGAACAUGACUGUGAUUCUGAACAAGUACCCGCCCUAAGAGACUCAAUGCUAUUUUAAUGCCGCCCCGUCGUAAAAAGUGGGUGUGGUGGGAUGCAAUAGGGUGGAGGGGAUGUGACCCCGCCGUGCAGGGAAGAGAAUUCUUUGUUCACACAUCGCAAACAAAAUAACCACUUCAAUGUUUGUAUUCGAGUCAUGGCUGCUGAAUGGAGCGUUGCCGAGCAGCCCCAGUGGCUCUGUUUUGAAUCUAAACUGGAAACCAGCCUGGCGACACAAACGCAGACCCGGUUGGUCUCGGUAAAUAUUUUGACCGAUAUCUAUCGUGAAUGCCCACGCUGAGCUUAGCCAGUUCCAGGCGUAACCAAAGUUGGUAUCGCCCACGCCAAACGUUAUCUUGUGUUACGACAGCAGUUCGGCUCGUCACUGUGUUGUGUUCGCCGUUUCCAUAGCAAAAAAUUUCCAUGGUUUCCAUGGUUAAAUUGUGUUGAGUUUUGAGACGUAGGAUACUUAAAUACUUAAACUAUAUCAGGAAAGCAGG